AUGGCACCAUUCAAAUCACGCGGUCGAGGCUCAUACACGUCGUUCCGGGGCCGAGGGCGAGGCGGAUACAAGCCGGGAGGGGGGCGAGGCGGCGGUGGCGUUGGAGCCGGCGGGGCAAAAGUCAACCGGACGGAGGACGGGCUGGUGCUCGAGAGUAACCAGGAUCGCGAGGGCACCGAGAGUCUGGAGAAGUGGAACCGUGCACAACAGGACCGAGAAAUUGACGAGUCACUCGGAUUCGUGCGCUUCGACCAAGGCAAUCCGAGGGUCGGCUGGCUGAUCAAUAUCCAGCCUACCCUUGUCCAGGAGGCUCUAGGUCCGCAGUCUGAUAAGGCCGAAGGCCCGUCACAGCCCAGCGCUGCCGUCGACCUUUACUUCAUCCAGGAUGAUGGUAGCAUGUUCCGGUCCACGCUCGUCUACCACCCCUACUUCUUCAUCGCCAGCAGAGUCGGAAAGGAAGCCGAAGUCGAGGAAUGGAUUCGGAAGAAGUACGACGGCCAGGUGAUGAAGGUCGAAGGCGUGAUCAAGGAAGAUUUGAAGUUGCCGAACCAUCUAGCGGGACAUAGACGCCGAUUCCUCAAGCUAGUCUUCCGGAACGUUGACCAGCUGUUGCGGGUGCGACGAGACUUACUAGCGGUAGCCCUCAGCAACAACGCGAAGAUGGAUGCACUGGACAGCUAUGCCGAGGUGGUCAAAGCAGGCAGGAACGAGUUUGAUGGGAUGGACAUCGAGGACUUUGACUCCCUCGACUUCGAAGGCGCGCAGGACCCCCUCGACGGCUCUUCCUCCAGGAAAGGGAAACUCCGCAGCCUUGUCUCGAAGUCAAACGCUCUUCAGCCCGCCGCUACUCUCCCUUCCGAAUGGAUUGUCGACAUUCGCGAGUACGAUAUCCCCUACUACCUCCGGGUAGCCAUCGACAAAAACUUGCGAGUCGGACUCUGGUAUACCGUCGCCAUUGAACAGGACAACGUCACCUGUACAACGAUUCCGGAACGAGUAGAGCGAGCUGAACCGGUGGUGAUGGCAUACGAUAUCGAGACCACUAAGGCCCCACUCAAGUUCCCGGACUCAGCCAACGACCAAAUCAUGAUGAUUUCGUACAUGAUCGACGGCCAGGGCUUUUUGAUCACUAAUCGUGAGAUCGUCGCUGACGACAUCGCCGAUUUCGAUUACUCACCUAAGCCUGAGUACGAGGGUCAAUUUACUAUCUUUAAUGAAGAAAACGAGCUGGCGUUGAUUCGGCGAUGGUUCGAUCACAUUCGCGACGCUCGACCGACCGUAAUGGCCACCUACAACGGAGACAGCUUCGAUUUCCCAUUUGUCUACGCCCGAGCGGCCAUUCAUGGCCUCGACAUGUUCAAGGAGAUCGGCUUUAAUCCGGACUCGGAGUCCGAAUUUAGAUCUCGAACUUGCAUUCAUAUGGACUGUUUCAAAUGGGUCAAACGUGAUUCUUACCUGCCACAAGGUAGCCAAGGCCUCAAAGCCGUCACUGUAGCCAAACUUGGCUAUAACCCCAUCGAGCUUGAUCCUGAACUGAUGACUCCAUAUGCGGUCGAACAACCUCAGACCUUGGCGCAAUACUCCGUCUCCGAUGCUGUGGCGACCUAUUAUCUCUACAUGAAAUAUGUCCACCCCUUCAUAUUCUCCCUCUGUAACAUUAUUCCCCUGAACCCGGAUGAAGUCUUACGAAAAGGCUCUGGUACCUUGUGCGAAACUCUUCUUAUGGUUGAAGCAUUCAAUAGUGGCAUCAUCAUGCCCAACCGUCAUACAGAUCCCCACGGUACCAUGUAUAAUGGCCACCUGCUUGAAAGUGAAACAUACGUUGGUGGCCAUGUAGAGGCUUUGGAAGCUGGCGUUUUUCGCUCUGAUAUUCUUUCAGAUUUUAAACUGGUACCUAGCCGAUGUCAGAAGCUUAUCGACGAACUGGACAGUGCUUUGAAAUUUAGCAUCGUCGAUGAAGGAGAGUACGCAUUGGAGGAUGUUGUCAACUACAAUGAGGUCCGAGCAGCCAUUCUAGAAGCCUUGGAAACGAUGCGUGAUGAGCCAGACCGGCAGGAGUUCCCGUUGAUUUAUCACCUCGAUGUUGCUGCUAUGUAUCCCAACAUCAUGUUGUCAAAUCGACUCCAACCGGAUUCCGUUGUCAGUGAAGGGAUGUGCGCCGCCUGCGAUUACAAUCGACCCAACAAAACAUGUGAUCGGCGGAUGGAAUGGGCUUGGAGAGGGGAAUAUUUUCCUGCCAAGCUUGAUGAGUACAAGAUGAUUCGAAACGCCAUCGAAUCCGAAGUCUUUCCAUCCAAGAAGCCUGGCCAGCCACCCCGCAAGUUUGGCGACUUGGCACCUGCCGAACAAACGACGCUUCUUCACAAGCGGUUGGGCGACUAUUCCCGUAAGGUUUAUAGGAAAACUCACGAAACUAAGAUAGAGGUGAAAAAAGCUAUCAUCUGUCAACGAGAGAAUCCAUUCUACAUUGACACAGUCAGAGCCUUUCGUGACAGAAGAUACACCUACAAAGGUCUGCAUAAGACUUGGAAGAAGAAAGCCGACCAAGCUCAACAGGAGGGCCGCUCGGUCGGUGAAAUCGCCGAGGCGAAGAAGAUGAUCGUGAUCUAUGAUUCUCUGCAGCUGGCGCACAAAUGUAUCUUGAACUCUUUCUAUGGGUACGUGAUGAGGAAAGGUGCGCGGUGGCAUUCUAUGGAGAUGGCCGGGAUCACCUGUUUGACCGGAGCAAAGAUCAUCCAAGCCGCGCGUGAAAUUAUUGACGAAGUUGGCCGCCCCUUGGAACUGGAUACCGACGGGAUCUGGUGCAUGCUACCUAAGAUUUUCCCGGACAACUAUACCUUCAAACUCGCUAAUGGAAAAACCCAUGCGAUCAAUUAUCCUUGCUCCAUCUUGAAUCAUCUCGUCCACCAGCAAUUUACGAAUGAUGCAUAUCAUCAAUGGAAUCCUGAAACUAAGACCUAUGACGUCAGAAACGAAAACAGUAUCUUCUUCGAACUCGAUGGACCUUACAGAGCUAUGAUCUUGCCAUCCUCGAAAGAAGAGGACAAGCUCCUCAAGAAGCGUUACGCGGUUUUCAACCCAGAUGGCUCGCUUGCCGAACUCAAAGGGUUUGAGGUUAAGCGACGUGGUGAAUUGCAGCUCAUCAAGAUCUUUCAAACCUCGAUCUUCGAGAAAUUCCUCAUCGGAGACGAUCUCAAGUCAUGUUAUGAUGCUGUAGCCCAAGUGGCUAAUCGGUGGCUUGAUGUAUUGGCAACAAAGGCUGCUAGCAUGCACGAUGAAGAAUUGAUCGAGCUCAUUUCCGAAAACCGAAGCAUGUCUAAAACCCUGGCGGAGUAUGGGGCGCAGAAGUCAACAUCAAUCAGGACGGCCAAGCGUCUGUCCGAAUUCUUGGGUAAUCAGAUGGUUAAGGAUAAAGGGUUAUCUUGCCGUUUCAUCAUCUCCGCCAAGCCCCAUGGUGCGCCGGUCACCGAUCGAGCUGUCCCAGUCGCCAUCUUCUCCGCUGAGCGCUCAGUCCAGCAACACUUUUUGCGAAAAUGGCUGAAAGACAACUCCUUAGUCGACUUGUCCUUAAGGUCGAUAUUAGAUUGGGGCUAUUAUACCGAACGGCUUGGAUCGGUCAUCCAAAAAUUGAUCACCAUCCCAGCUGCCAUGCAGAAAGUUCUUAAUCCGGUUCCUAGGAUUCAUCAUCCCGAUUGGCUAGCGAGACGAUUGGCAACUCGCGAGGAUACCUUCAAACAACAUAAGAUAGACGAGAUGUUUGCUCGACAAGCUCCUCUGUCUGCCGAAGAUAUCGAAGCCCUUCGCGCCGAGAAGCAGAAGAAAGCAGAAGCUCUGGCCCGCAAGGAGCCACCAGCCAUCGUAGCACCUCCCAAGCCAUCAAUUCACGUCAAUUACUCUGGAUGGAUUGCUGCAAUGAAGCAUGUGUGGCGUGCCCAACGGGCGGCCAAGAAGGCAACACAUAGUUCCAAUUUCGUACCGGGCAGCAUCGCUUCGAUGUUACAUGUCCAAGCCUCCAAAGUGACCAGCCAUUCUUCACAUCUAGAACUUGUCCAGCUCUUACCAAACCAGCUGAAGCCCGGAGAAUUUCAAGCUUGGGUUUUAUUCAACGAUGUUCUCCAGUCGGUUCGAAUUACCGUCUUGCGCGAAUUCUACGUCAACCUCAAACAUGAACCUCGGCCCGAUUUCUUUCCCGAAUCAUGCGUAGCUGAACCAGUCGUGAAAACCCUUCCCAGAUCACAGGCCCGUAUGAACCUUUUCAAGAUAUCUGUACCCGAGAAAUUGUACAUCGAGGAUGCCUCUCAUUAUCAACAGAUGGUCACUUCGCCUGAGGUUGAAGGAGUGUACGAACGUCAGCUCCCGUUGCUACAGCGCGCUUUGAUCCGGCUUGGUGCAAUCAGUUCCCUGUCUUCUCAAAGCCGCCUUUCCCUUGUAGACGGAAUAGAUAAGGGGUUUGAAUUGUCCGACUUGAUCAGCUUAGAGCAGCAGGUCUCCCAACGACGAUACCUUGAUAACGGCAAAGCGGUUCGCUAUGUUCUUGUCUAUCACUUCCAAUCUGGCAGCCGACAUGCAGUGGGUAUCUUCAAUACACACGCUGCAGCUCAAAUAUUUAUCACCGAUCGCUCUUCCGCCCCUCAAGUUCCGAACAUACAAAAGUAUUACAAAAACGUGUUCAAUUCCCGACUUGCAAACAUGCAGACCGAACUAGGCGUUUUCGAGUACGACCCAAACAUGUCAGUCGAGGUGACAAAUGUCGCAACGGAGGCCCUAGCUCUGAAAGCUCUGAGCCGCGAGCUGGCUCUGCUCAAAGGUCAAAAGACCGGCCCCGGCUAUGUUCUAAUGAUUAGUUCGAUUAAGGAUCUUUCUUAUUACCAAGACAAGGUCUUUUCGAUUUCCAAGUAUCCGGUCGUCAUGUUUCAUUCUAGCCAAGCCGACAACAAGUUUGAAGCGUUUGGCUGGCAACGCUUUGCAGCUGAGCGGAUGGUACAACACUACUUCCGUGCAGCCUCCUUUCUCCGUGAACGAAUCAUCCAAGCCGAACUAUUCGAUGUGCCCGUUGCCAACUUUGAGACGGACGCGUCUCGAAGCUUGAUGGACCUUGAAUUUGCCAGAAAGCUCACCAAGGCCGACCAUCUUGUCUGGUGGUCCUCGUCUCGAAAACCUGACCUUGGAGGAAAGGAGGUCGAUUUGAAUUCAGAGCUCGUGAUGGACGCCUUGGCGAAUCCGGAAAUUAGUGUCAUGGGUGCCUACUCGGAUGCCUCUGUUGAACUCACCAUACAACACCUCGCUAUUAAUUCGGUAUCACAGUCUUCCUGGGUCUAUGAGGUCUCAGGGGGGACUGGAGGUUCACUCGGCUUCCAAAACGCUUCGCACAGCUUGGACGAAUAUUCUAAAGGUUCAGUCGCUUCCUCUCUUCUGGGAGAUUCCGAUCUGCCCGUCCAAACGUUCACCUUAUUCCGGUCGAUGGUCCGAGGUUGGAUGGCUGGAGCCGCAAAGGAGGAGACGAAGGGUCAAUAUCGCGGUCUCAUCACGCACUUUUGGAGAUGGUUAAGCUCGUCAUCUUCAAACAUGUUUGAUCCUGCUCUCUAUCGGUUUGUUCAUGGCUUGAUGAAGAAAGUGUUCUCCCAGUUAUUAGCCGAGUUCAGACGUUUAGGGACGAGAAUCAUUUAUGCAGACUUUGGACGGAUCUUUCUUUUGACUUCCAAACCCAACUCGGCUAGCGCCUAUGCCUAUGCAAAGUACAUCGUAACAGCUAUUAAUGGUAGAGAUUUGUUCAGCUUUCUUGAAUUGGAGAUCGUGCGCUAUUGGGAACAACUGCUCUGGGUGGACGCGACCAACUUUGCCGGUAUCACCUGCGGUGAUCCACAAAAUGAGCCCAAUCCUGAAGCAGACGAAAAUAUCGAUAUGAACUGGAACAUGGUCAAUUUCUUGCCACCAGCCCUUCAACAAGACUUUCUACACGUAGUCUGCCUGUAUGUGUAUGACGUUCAUCAAUGCCAUAACCAAGCCAGCAGCAACGACCAAAUCCAAUUAGAGGCCGAUCGAAAACAAAUCGAGGCCCAGCUCUUGCGCUCUCUAGUCAAUUCUAAGAUCACCCGCCAAACUUUAAAGAUUGUCAAUCAGAUAAUUGAGCGACAAAACAAAGCAGCCUCUGAUUCUGAGCUCCGAGCCGCCUUCGAUUUCCCUCGACUUCCAGGCUCGCACAUUGCGAUGAAGAAGCCAGUGCUAGAGUUUGUCAAGAUGGUAUGUUUCGUGAUGGAGCUGGCAACGCUCGUGACAGCCGAAGUUCGGAUCAUGAAGCGAGUUCUACUUGACUUGAUUGGCGUUCGAGAGUUUUCGAACGAGGCGGUCUUCAAGAACCCUUGUAUUCCGUUCAAGAUCCCGGACACGAUCUGCAGGCACUGCAGUGCCGUGCGGAGCUUCGACUUGUCACGGGACCCGGACCUUCUGGCGAGUGCGUCGAGCCGUCGGGUUGGGGAGCCCCCAGAAUGGUUGUGUGCCCACUGUGGCCAGUCCUACGACCGGCUGGGGAUCGAGGCUACGCUGAUCGAGCAGCUCCACAAGCAGGUGGCCUCCUUCCAACUUCAAGACCUGCGCUGCUCACGCUGCGCCCAGCUCAAGGAAGAUACCAUGAGCCUGCGAUGCCCGUGCUCGGGUGAAUACAUCCUCGCCGGUGAUUCCGGCUCACAGGCCGAUCGCCCUUCCUCAGCUCAUCUUAAGAGACGUCUCGCCGUCGCCCGGUCGGUUGCUGAGGCGCACCAACUCGAUGUCCUCUUGGAAUUUGUGCAAUGGCUUAAUUCACAAAUCUCUUGA